AUGUCAAAAAAAGGAAAGAACGCAUUGCGCCGCAGAAACGUACAUUAUAAUAAAGAAGCUGUUGAUCUAAAAAAACGAAUAAGUCGCAUAAACGAAGCAAUUUCGAAGAAGGAUUUGAAUGCACUUCGACGCUUAGCUACUACCGGGCCUGGUCUCGUAAACGAUGGCUUGCGUCGACUAUGCUGGCCAUUACUUUUGCAUUAUAGGAAUCACAGCGUUGAGACAAGCCAAGUAGCUCAUAAAGACGAAAAUCAAGUUUCGCUUGACGUUAAUCGUUCUUUUGUUCACUUUCCUAAAGGGCUGAAUGAUCAACAAAGAAAACAAAAACAAAGUAUUCUCUAUGAAGUAAUAGUAGGAAUUUUGCGAAGACAACCAAAUUUGUCUUAUUACCAGGGCUUCCACGAUGUGUGUACAACUCUUCUUGAGGUGUUGGGGAAAGAUCCUAUAAUGAGUCAAUUAGAUCUCUUGGACACAUUGCUAUAUCUUGAAGAUUCAUUGAUAUCCGAUUUUUUCAGGCGGUCAAAUACGAUGCCUUACUUUUGUGUGAGCUGGGUUAUCACAUGGUGUAGCCAUGACCUUCAUGAUUUCUCCAAAGUCACACGUCUAUUUGACUUUUUUAUUUCGUCAAACCCAUUGAUGGCCUUAUAUUUAUCAGCUAGGGUGAUUAUCAGCCGUCGUAAAGAAUUGCUCUUACUGGAAUGUGAUAGUGCAAUUAUCCACGGAUUUUUAUCAAAAUUUCCACAAGAAAUUGAUGUUGACGAUCUGAUUUUCCGAACCUCUCAACUUUAUCAAAAAUAUCCUCCCCAUGAGCUUCAGGAAAUUUCUGGGUUAUUUCUUGAUAAAACGUCAAGCAUAAAUUUGUAUGAUAAACACUGGUUGAUCUUAAAGGCUGAUGAAACUGUUGAUUACUCUGAAGCAAAAAAAAUCCUCCUAUUGCCGCCAUCAGAAAGAAAACCUGUUCACAUUGUCACACCGAAGAACAAAAGAUAUUUCCCUAAUCUUAACAAAACACGUACCAUCGCUCUUCUUUUUGCCGCUUCGGCAUCUGUAGUGGCCGUAGUGUUGAUAGCAUCUCGCUGGUUUAUGAGGCGAGUUAAAUUACCUGUGUUUACGAAAAAUUCAUCAAAUCGCACUGAUAGUUCUGAAGACUAUUCCGCCUGCUCCACGUUUUCAUAUACGAAACCAUUUUCUUUCAGUAAU